GCUGUACCAUCUACAACAGUGGUAACUAUAGUCCCACUGUCAAGUCAGGCCCAGGUUAGUAUGCAAUAGCCUGUUUCAGUGGCUAUGCAGCCGCUGCAGCAAGCACCUAGGCCCAUGCAGCCUAUGCAGUGGAUGCCCAAGAUAGCUUUGAUGAGUCCCAAGCCCUUCUCUGGCGAUAAGAAGAAGGAGGAAGACUUGGACACCUCGGUGAGAACUGUGCCUACUUAUGUGAGGCAUAAGCUCGCAAGGCCAGAGCAAGAAGUUGUAGUGGCUGCCUCCUUUUUAGAAGGAUCAACAGCCCGCUGGUUAAAUGGCUUAGUGCAGCAACAGGGCUACGGUCAAAACUUCGAUGCCUGGGCACAAUCUCAGACAUUGGAAGAGUUCAUACGGUCCGUGUACAACAGGUGGCAUGACCCACAAGGGGCUCAGAAGGCCACUGGCGCUAUCAACAGUCUUUGUUCCCGAAGGUUCAAGAAUGUUGGAGAGCUGACGGACGCCGUAGAACGAUUAAUCGUGGUACCUGGGGUGCGUUUUGACCAGCAGGUUCUCUUAACGGAUUACCUAAGGUGCCUAUCGUCAGAGGUAAGGACCAAGCUGGUUGACGAAGCCUAUGUUGAACAGCACACCUUCGCUUCUUUUAGUAAGAAAGCUCUKGACAUCGAGGCAAAGCUAGGAUCUGCGCAUCAGGCCCCCAACGAUGGUAGGAAGAGACUGCCCCAAGAUUGGAAGAAAAAGGGUCAGUUAAUGUUCGUUGACCACGAUGGUCAAACGAUGGAGAUUGACGACUACUCAGAUCUUGGGGAGUUAACAGAGCACGAUGGGGGUAGUGAGACUUCAGAUGGUGGAGUCGUGGCACCCAUCAAGGAAAAGGCUAGGGGGACCGGGAAGAAGAAGGUAGGACGGUCCACAGGCGUGGUAGAAAGGGAGGUUGUCCAUGCAAUAGAGGUUGUCCCAGGUAGUAAGGUGCCUAGAGGACGAAUCUAUAGGAUGUCUCCUGCAGAGUUAGAUGAGCUCCGCCGCCAGCUCAAGGAGCUCACAGAGAAGGGAUGGAUUCGGCCUAGUACCUCCCCUUACGGCGCUCCAGUCCUAUUCGUACCGAAGAAGAGAGGUACCUUGAGGAUGUGCAUUGAUUAUAGGGGCCUCAAUGCCAUCACCGUUAAGAACGCGGAGCCCCUACCCUGCAUCGACGACCUCUUGGAUAGAGUGCAGGAAUGCCGGUACUUCACCAAGAUAGAUUUGAAGUCCGGAUACCAUCAAAUUGCCAUUAGACCUGAGGACCAGCACAGAACCGCAUUUCAAACCAGGUACGGUCUAUACGAGUUUGUGGUCAUGCCCUUUGGCCUAUGCAAUGCACCUGGUACGUUCCAGCACGCGAUGAACAAGAUUUUUCAUGAUUACUUAGACAAGUUUAUCGUCGUGUACCUCGACGAUAUUCUUAUCUUUAGUAAGACUGUAGAGGAGCACGCUGAGCACUUGAAAAUAGUGCUAGGUCUCCUAAGACAGCACCAGUACAAGGUUAACUUGGAGAAAUGCGAGUUUGGUCGCACCAAGAUCUUGUACUUGGGUCAUGAAAUCUCAGCAGAUGGACUGAGGCCGGAUGAUUCCAAGGUGGCCAGCAUACGUGACUGGCCCAGACCUCAGACUGGUACUGAGGUCAGAUCGUUUUUGGGGAUGACGGACUAUUAUCAUCCGCUUGUGAAGAACUAUAGUACUAUAGCUUCCCCACUAACAGAUCUAACACGACUUGACACCCCUUGGGAAUGGACAGAAGAGUGUGAGGCAGCCUUCAAGAAAUUGAAGUAUGCUCUAACACACUAUGAAGUCCUCAAGCUCYCGGAUCCUGACCAGCCCUUUGUCGUGACCACAGACGCCAGCCAAUAUGGCAUAGGCGCGGUCCUUGCGCAAAAGGAGGGGAAAAAGUUGAGACCGAUCGAGUAUAUGAGUAAGAAGAUGCCAUCUCAAAAACUAGCAAAGUCCACGUACGAGCGUGAGCUCUAUGCCCUAUAUAGAGCGCUGGUUCAUUGGAGACAUUAUUUCCUAUGCAGAUUCUUCUAUGUGAGAUCUGACCAUGAAACCUUGCGCUGGAUCAAGACACAGCCUGUGCUCUCUGAUGCACUCAAGAGAUGGAUACAAGUGAUAGACAUGUAUGACAAUCAACUUGAUCCCAUCAAGGGAGAGUACAACGAAGUGGUCGAUGCAUUAUCUCGUCGGGCAGAUUAUCUGGGCGCACUAUUAGCAUUGCCACGACAACGGCAGUGCCACGUCAGCAGUGCCACAUUAGUAGCAGUGCCACGACAGCAGCAGUACCAACGUCAGCAGUGCCCCGCCACCAUGACGGGUUCAGCUUUGGGCAUGCCAGGCCAACUGGCCAACGAGUCCAUUGCCGAGUACCGACAAUGGUUCCAAGCUCAGCUCACACUGAUCGAGGCUGAGGAACAGCGCCAGGCGGCAGCCGAGGCUGCCCGCCUACAGGCUGAGUGGAGGCAGCAGCUUCAGGCCGCAAAUGAUGCACAUGCCCAAGCCCGCCUCAAGGAGGCCCAGGAUCUGCUGCAGCGGCACGAAGCCACCGGCUCCGAGUUGGUGAAUCUUCGACGGGCAGUGCGGAACCACAAGGGUCUGCACGAGGAUGCUACACGGGCACUUGAUUCCCGUGUACACGACUUGGAGCAAGCAGCACCAGGACCAGAAGCUGGCGAACCCAGCAGUGCAGCCUCAACCCGCCAAUUGGAGCAACGAGUUGACCAUGUAGUCGCAAUGCUCGGAGACAUCAGCACCUUCCCCGCACCAGCUACCAUCAGCGAGCAGCUGGACACCUUGAAGAUCGAGGUUCGACAACUGCACCAGCUGCCCGACAAGGAUGGCAACACCAGUGCGCAGCAGUACAAGAUGCCGACAUUCCGGAUCGAAAAGUUUGAUGAUUAUACGCAUCAAGACCCGGUCACCUGGUGGCAGGGCUUUACGACGAAACUUUGGAUUCAUCACGUCCCCGAGCACUCGUACAUUGGGGCGUUCGUUGUUCCUCAACUCAAAGGGCGGAUGCCAAAUCUGGCCCAGCCACCUGGCAACCAUCCACGCGUGCAGGUCGCCGAUCUACACAAGAAGAUCUCUUGGGAAGAUCUGACGAGACAAUGGAAGAAACGGUUCAUCGUUGACGACGCCCCGGCGCUCGCCAUCAACCGCCUCUUCGCCAUGACUCAAGGCAACAUACCGACACGAGACUACCUCACGGAAUGGCAAAAGAUUGUGGCAACACCCCAUCUUGACUUACCAUUUUCGCAUUUGCGCCGGGAGUUCUACAACCGGCCGUGUGCCGCCUUGAGCCUCGCACUCGGUGAUCGAGAACAGUACAUGACCUUCGCCGAAAUCAUCAACAAGGCGCGUGAGAUCAUCAAGAUCAACCGGACUGCUGCACACGAGAAGUCAGCGUGGCAGCCAGCCCAUGUGGAGAAAGGAAGAUUCGGUCCGCGUCCGGAGCCCGCCGCCGCAGUCCAACCGGACAACAUUGUGGAAGACCCGGCAGCCACCCCAACAUCACAUGAGGGAGAUCAGGUGGCCGCUCUCCAGCCGUGAAGCAACAACAACUCCCAUGGAAAAGGGAAGGCGAAAACCGCAUCGCCAGCCG